UACAAUCCUUCCAGGGAUGAUAAAAUGAAAUAACACCUACAAAGCGUGGACUUCGUCUGGGCCCCGUGAAUAUGUGUUCCUCCCGCCCUCCCUGCCCUCCAGCCCCAGGAAUCGCCCCGGGAAAGGCUCCGAGUCUGGACAUGAGCCCAAGGAUCAGAGGGAGCUGCUGCCUGGGGACAGAAGUCAGAGACUGAGGGGCUCCUCGGUCUUCUCCCUGAGCCUCGAGGUAGCUCAGGAGGCCCAACUGCCAAAGAACAUCAUCCCGGGCCACCCCCUGGCCUGCCCACAGGCUGGCCGUGGCUGACGGCCCUGUGCUCCGUCGAGGAUCUAAUCAACUCAGUCCGAUCAGAGGACUUAAUCAGUCCUCGUUCUCUCAACUUUCUCAUCUCUUGCUUCUCUCCUCCUAGUUCUCUUAAUUUUGCCUGAGAGUGGAGCCCAAAGCCAAAGUGCCCAGUCGAGGGCCCCAAAAGCCGAGCCUCGCCCCAAAGAGCUCACCCUGGCCCAGAACAGCCAAGUCCAGUCCAGAGGGCGGAGCCCAGCACCUAAGAGCCUAGGGUCGCUCCAGGGAGUGGGGUUGAGGCCUGAAGAGGUGAAGCUAGUCCCCAACGAAUGACCCAAGCCCCAGAGAGCCCAACUGCCCCGGAAGAGUUGAGCCCAGACCCCAAGGGCGGAGCCAAGACGGCAGAGGCGCACCCUGACCCUGAGGGCCGAGCCCAGUCCCCAGGGGCGAGCCCAGGUCCGCCGAGCCUCGUGCUGGGUAAGACUGUUCGGGUUCAUUUCAGGGAGAGCGAGCCGAACCCACACGCUCUGCUCCGGACAGAAAGCACGGCCAGCCCUGCUCCCCGCCACGUUCUCUAGCCGCCCGGCUUUCUGGGCGCGAUGUUUAAAGAGGGACGUUGGCAGAUGCGGAGCGCAGGCGGUGCGGUCGCAAGCCAUGCCUUUUAGGGCGCAGGUGGGAACUGGGUCUCAGCCUAAGAAAAUAAAACAGUGUCCGGGCGUGCUCUUGGCGUUCAACUAACUGAAGGGUUAUCAUGUGGAGGAAGCAGCUUUAAAUAUUUUUAUUGUUUUUUUAUGUAUUUUUUUAUUUUUGGUUAUUCCUCACCUGAGGAUAUUUUUUUCCACUGCUUUUCAGAAAGAGGGAAAAGUGGGGGGUGGGGAGAGAGAGAGAGAGAGAGAGAGAGAGAGAGAGAGAGAGAGAGACAUUGAUGUGAGAGAUACAUCAACUGGUUUCCUCCCCCAUGUGCCCGGACGGGGGGCAGGGAGCAAACCCACAACCCAGGUACCAUGCCCUUGUCCAGGAAUCAAACCCAAGACUCUUUGGUGGGCAGGCCAACGCUCUAACCAUUGAGCACACUGGCCAGGGCAGGAGCAGCUUUGAGACAGAGGAGUGAAAAGCGCAAGACCCAUCCAGGUGCCCUGAGAGGCGGAUGUGUCCAUCAAGGUUCACAGGAGAGCGCUCAGGUGGCAGCGUGAGAAGACGGGAUCCCCACGGGCCGUCCACGCGCCCUCGGGAAGACCGAGAAGGAAGGGAACAGUUCAGGGCAUGGCCUCGGAGUCAGGUCCCUGCCACGACCACCACCACUUAUGAGCUGUGUCCUUGGGUACGGGACUUACUCUUUCGGAGUGUCUGCUUCCUUACCUGCCAUGGCAGAGGGUGGCAGUACCUGUGUCAGGGGUUGGUUACAGGGUUUAGUAAGGUGAGGCACAGGACCCGUUUCAUUCAUUGAAGCCAGCCAAUUAAAUAACUGAACAUCCGUGUAAUGAGUGAAUUGUGAAUGAAUAAAGGACUCCGUAAGCCGUGUGAGGGCAGCAGUCAGGGCAGUAACCCACCUAGACCAGUGGUCAGCAAACUGCGGCUCGGGAACCACAUGCGGCUCUUUGGCCCCUUGAGUGUGGCUCUUCCACAAAAUACCACGUGCGGGGGCGCAUGUACAGUGCAAUUGAAACUUCGUGGCCCAUGUGCAGAAGUCGGUAUUUUGUGGAAGAGUCAUACUCAAGAGGUCAAAGAGCCGCAUGUGGCUCGCGAGCCGCAGUUUGCCAACCACUGGCCUAGACCAACCACCGCGCCUGUAGGUCUAGAACAGUGGUUCUCAGCCUUGGCUGCACAUUAGAAUCGCCUGGGAAUCUUUUUAAGAUCCUGAUUUCUGGGCCUCAUCCUCCGGAACGAGGAUCUUAAAAAGAUUCCCAGGUGAUUCUAAUGUGCAGCCAAGGCUGAGAACCACUGCUCUAGAAGGAACUGACAGCUGAGUGAAUGAACGAACUAUCGACCUUAGUGAGAUUUUCAGAAUAGAUGGCGUCUUUACUAAUGAGAUCAAUUCCUGCGCUGGGAGAGCCUGGACCAAGUGUCCUCAGCACUCCUUCCCAAUCUUAAAUCCUGUGAGAACAAGAAAGGUCAGACGGUCCAAUUGUACGAGUCAGGAAGUUUCUCUUCCUCCAGGGCAGCGAGAAAGGUCAAGGAACUGGAACCAUGAAGCCGUGGCUAGAAAAAGAAAAGACCUUUUCGCAAUCCCCCCAACUCCUCCCAAAGAAACACACCCUAGAACUGUAUGCAUCUUCCGGUUUUGAAUUGUGGUCUUGGACAAUACUGGGUCUUCUAGUCCUGCCCUGGACCUUUGACCUCGUGUGAAAAGCAGAAAGGCCUGGUGUGCCCACCGAGAUGCGGGCAUACGUUUUCCGAUCGCGCCAUCUCCUGGUCACAGGCGGAAACCGACGCGCAGAUCCAGGCUCCUUGUUUGUUUACAGUGAGGCGCCAGUCCGCCACCAGGGAAGCUGGGCAGGAAACAGUCUUGCUCCCCAGAAUUUAAUCCUGGCCCCCCGGGAGCGGACAGCUUGAAAUGCAUUCAGAUUCAACGACGGGACGGGACCGUUUCCAAAGUUCAGAGCUUGUUUAUUUGGAAGCACAUCUUUCUACCACGGAGUGGUUGCUCGUGCGUCUCUAAUGGGGUAGCCCCUUUGGAAAGGGGACUGGGAUGAGGGCCUUUCCUAAAGUGCUGAGCUGCCACCGUCAUCGAUGGGCAAGGCAUUUGUUUUUGUUUGGGGGAUUUAUUUAUUUGUUUGUUUAUUGGUGUCUGAACGCGCUCAGAACUAUUUCUGUGACUCUGGUAAAGAGAGGUUGAGAGAGAGGAAGAGGGAGAACCAGGAUCUGAAACCCCCAAUCUAUGUACUGUGACCGAAGGUUGAGCAAGGGCACAGGCAAAGGAGCCAUUCCAGGCCGACCCUGAUUUGUGGGUCCUUGGACGGGGUCCAUUAACUGCUUCACCAAAUUUUAUCUCAAAACCCCAGUUGGCAGGGUUUUUUCUGGAAUAGAGAGCCACCAGCACGGCUUGACCAAGGCACAGGUUGAAGUCACUCAGCAUGCCCCCACGAACGUUUCUCGGGACACCGGCCCCUCCAGAUGCUUGGCCAAAAAGAAAAAAAAAGACGUUUUUACUCAAAACAGCGAGUGACAUGCUCUGGGUCAUAUCUGCCUUCUAGGAGGCUCGCGAGGCACAUGAACUUCGGAAGGGUCUGAGACAUCUGACUGAAGUAAAGGAACGUUUUUGUGACAAAUUAAUGUGGCUUCAAUCAGCGUUUCAAAACUUCACUGGCCGAGGAAUGCUCAUGUAGUGACCGUCUAACUGGACUCCAGGAGCCAGGGCCCCAGGAACAGUCUCGGGAAACUGCUCAUCAACCAGCAGGUACGGGAGUCUUUUGUUGGUCUCCCAGCACCAGGAGAGCCCAGCCUCAACACGAGGACCAUGCGUGUUGCCACGAGACCGUGAAAACAGCUCUACGGCUGGAGAACAGAGAGGAGAGACUGCCCCAAUAGGUCCUUCAGUCGCCGAGGACCUGCCGGCCUCACCUCGGGAAGCUUUGGCCAUAAUAAUGACCUGACCCCCAGGAAACGGCAGCGCAGCUUGUAGUUAUGACAACAGCAACAACAAGAUCACCUUCCCCAUAAACCACGCGGUAGAGAACCAGCCAAGUGUUACCCGAGCAGCUGGCUUCCACCGGCUCAUCUCAGAAGUGCCCCCUCUUUCUUCACCGUUGGAAAGCCCACAGGCGCAUUACCACCCGUGUGGAGUGCUUCUCAUGUGGCCCCAAGGCCCGCACCAUCCAAGGCUCUUCUGAAAACACCUGCACACUGGGGGCUACUGAGGGAACCGCCCUGGGGGUAUGUGGGGAGACGACAGACUGGCCCCUCACAAUACCAGCUGCUUUCAUUUCCCACAAGUUCCCCAUGAGAGGAAGAAAGAGAACAAGAAGCAUGAAGAGCCGCCUGAAGGCCCGGCCCAGCUUCAUGGUCAGCUGCUGGAGAAGGGCGAGGGUGUCCACAUCCCUGAGGACAAAACAGAGGACACAGGAAGUGACCAGUCUACUGAGGAAGGCUCUCCUCUCAGCAAAACAGAAGCACGAAAAGAUGCCAAAGGAACAGACUUGAAGCUGCCGACCCCCCUGGGACCUGUGUAUCCACCGUUCCUCUCGAGUCCGAGCUCCAAAGCUGUGGGACGAAGCUGGCAACUGUCUCCUCCCGCGGCAAAGAGCUUCCAAAUACACGACGGCCCUUUCCGGGACCUCCUGGACAUGAAGACGGAGAAGAGACUGGCCGGCUGGAAGGAGCGUCGCAGUCGCUACGGGGACAUCAACAUGCACAAAUACUACCAGCUCGGGCAGGUCUUCACCCCUUUCCGGGCCCUCGCCACCAUGGAGAUGCGAAGGCUGGUAUUUCCCCAACACCUGCCCAUGAGUCUGCACAUGCACAAUAUGGGCAUUUCGUGCACCGACGAAAGGACUCUCCGAGACUUACCUUUGUCUUCCACAGAGCUGGGCUUGGGAAUGGAUGACAACACCCAUGAGAAAGAGAAACCAGCGAGCCAUGUUAGAACACCUUUUUUCCCCCCAAUAGUUAAAGCGGCAAGAUUUAAAAACGUGAAAAAAUAAAAAUUACAUAACUCCUUUCCGGCCCUUUGCUGCAAGGUUUUGCAUUAAAACGCUUAAAUCCCAGGGGUUUGGGAAUGCUAAAACAUUCGCACACCUGACAUGUGGAUAAGUUGAAGAGUUCCACCAGCAUGCCUCUGUGUGGACAUUUGGAGGAGGGUAGAACAAUUAGGAGCUGUAAUACUCACCUAGAAUGGAGUCUUCGGUAAGUACACUUUUCUCAAAAGUCUAAAGGUAGGGGGAGGGGAUGGUUACAGUUCAAUAAGUCAAGGAUCCCACU